CUUAUUAUGGGAGCUGCUCCUGCUGUCCUAUAUCAGCGACAGCCAGCAUUUCUGCAGUCAUCUCCAGCCAUGGCUCCGAGUGAACGCUGUCUCCUCCACCACCGGCAGAGCACAACACCCAGAGGAAAGUGUGGCUUUUGAGCUGUUCAUAAUGAAAAGAGGAAGGACAGGUCUCAAAUCAAAGUGCCAACACUUCCUCUCCCAUGAGGAGAGGGCUAAGAGACAGAAGCGGGGGAUGUCCAGCUUCACCCUGACCUCAGCAGAGGACUGGGGUAACCUGCCCCACCACGUCGUCCUGCAAAUCUUCCAGCAUCUGUCACUGGUAGACCGGGCCAGGGCCUCGUCUGUGUGCCGCGGCUGGAAUGACGUCUUUCACACCCCUGAUCUGUGGAGGAGGUUUGAGUUUGAGCUCAAUCAGUCGGCGACAUCCUACCUACGCUCUACUCACCCUGACCUCAUUCAGCAGAUUAUCAAAAAGCACGCCCAGCACCUGCAGUACGUCAGCUUCAAGGUGGACAGCUGCACAGAAUCUGCAGAGGCGGCAUGUGACAUUCUCUCUCAGCUGGUGAACUGUACCAUUAAGACCCUGGGGCUGAUUUCCACAGCGCGGCCCAGCUUCAUGGAUGUGUCUCAGGCCCACUUUGUGUCGGCACUGACAGUCGUGUUUGUCAACUCCAAGUCCCUCUCCUCCAUCAAGAUUGAUGAUACGCCAGUGGACGACCCAUCCCUGAAGGUGCUGGUUGCCAACAACAGUGACACCCUGAAGUUGCUGAAGAUGAGCAGCUGUCCUCAUGUCUCCCCAGCAGGUAUCUUGUGUGUUGCAGACCAGUGCCAUGGACUCAGGGAGCUGGCGUUAAACUACCAUCUCCUGAGUGAUGAGCUCCUGCUCGCCCUCUCCUCUGAAAAGCACGUCCACUUGGAGCACCUGCGCAUUGACGUGGUGAGCGAAAACCCCGGGCAGACGCACUUUCACACCAUCAAAAGGAGCAGCUGGGAGGCUUUGGUCCGACACUCACCCAAGGUCAACAUCGUGAUGUACUUCUUCCUGUAUGAGGAGGAGUUUGAGCCCUUCUUCCGCGAGGAGACUCCCGUCACCCACCUGUACUUUGGCCGGGCAGUUAGCAAAGAGAUGCUGGGACGCAUUGGGCUGAACUGCCCUCGACUGGUGGAGCUGGUGGUGUGCGCCAACGGCCUUCAGCCCUUGGAUGAGGAGCUGAUCCGCAUUGCUGAACGCUGCAAAAACUUGACUGCCAUCGGGCUAGGCGAGUGUGAAGUGACCUGCAGUGGCUUUGUGGAGUUUGUGAAGAUGUGCGGGGGCAGGCUGACUCAGCUGUCAAUCAUGGAGGAGGUGUUGAUCCCAGACAGCAGCUACAACAUGGAGCAGAUCCACAGUGAGGUGUCCAAGCACCUCGGUCGUAUGUGGUUCCCUGAUAUGAUGCCCACCUGGUAGGCUGAUAUGAAGCCAGGGUGGAGUAUGUGACUUUUAUGGACAGUUACUGUAUGGAUGUGCAUCCACAGUUACGCAUUUUAUUGUUGAACUGAUGUCUCAGCCUGCAGUGUGAUUCUCUCAGAUGAGAGACAGUUUCUCUGUCAUCAGUGAUCUCUCAUUUCUAAAGCUUCUAAAGCACUUGUAUUUUUACCUGCAGUAAAUUUAAUUUAAGACUGAAAAUGUUUCCCUCUUUAAAACAUUUGCAGACUGAUUUCUGUCUGGCUAUCUUGUGAGCAGUCAGCUUUCUUUCUAUGCAUCGAUACUGUGAUGUGAAAUCUUAGAUGCACCAGGCUCUUUCAGUCUAUGAAUUAUGGUCUGAAGUUACAGUUGCUCACUGCAACCUUUCAAUCAGUAUGUGUUAAGGAUGUGGGUCUGCCAUCUGCUGGUUGCUUUUGUUUCAAGCAUCACACUUCAGAAUUGAUCUUGAACAGCAUCUGUGAUAAUAUCAUCAGUGAAUAUUGUUUAAUGAAUUCCACGUUAUUUUGUGGUGAAAUGUUGUUCUUUACUUUAUGGCUUCAUCCCUCUAAGUCUCAAAUCACUUCAUCUACUCAUCUUUAAAGGGACAGUUCACCUAAAAAUCAAAAAUACAUAUUUUUCCUCCUACCUGUAGUGCUAUAUAUCAAUCUAGAUUGUUUUGGUGUGAGUUGCUGAGUGUUGGAGAUAUCGGCCGUAGAGAUGUUUGUCUUCUCUUUAAUAAAAGAUGGCAAGCGGGUCACAGCGCAGAAGGAAGGCAAAGAAGAAAGAAGGCCUCCUCCUCUGGGCUGAGUUGUAACAAUAGCUAGCUUAGUGGUAGCAGCAGAUACAUGGUUCCUUCUUCACAGUGAUAUGCUUAGCAGGUAUAGUUCGGUAAAAAGAAAAUAGUUCCUACAUGAAACUGCUCACAACUCGGUCUGUGGAUUAUCUUGAGUAAACAGUUAACAUUUUCUGGAAAGAGACAUUGCUGUUGAGCUUUUCAAAUGUAUUUGUUUGGCUCUUUAAGCACCACAAGCUGAGUGCCAUCUAGUUCCAUUAUAUUUAAGAGAAGGCAGACAUCUCUACAGCUGAUAUCCCCAACACUCUGCAGCUCACGCCAAAACAAUCAAACUGAUAAAUAGCACUAUAGGUAAGAGCAAAAAUGUGUUUUCUAAUUUUAGGUUGAAGUGUCUCUUUAAAUAAUUUUUUUUCUUCAUUUCCCAGGACACAGUUUGAGAAGUCUGAAGUCGGUGCAUCCAGCCGUUGAUAGAGAGAGCACCAACAAUAGUGAUACUAAAGCAGCACAGAGAGAACAAGAAUUUCAAGUCAAGUCAGUGCAACAGGCACACCUUCAUGAAAAACACAAUGGGUCUUGUAUUCCUUUCUAUUUGUGUUUGUGUCAGUAGAGACUUCAAUAUAUCAUCUUAAACCACCACAUUUUAAUUUGGUAUUUCAGCACUGGCUAAGACAGAUGAAGGUUAACACACCAGAUGUCUUCACUGCGCUCAAAAUAGAAGCCUCUAAGUGUUUCUUUUUUUAUCGUGAUUUUUUUUUUUUUUUUUUUUUUUACCACAUGGUGCAAAUUUAUUUUGUGCAAGAUGGUUCAGGUUCCAGAUCCGUGCUGUAACACACGCUCUAUUAAAGGGACAGUUCACAACAAAAUCAAAAAAUACGUAUUUUUCCCUUGUAGUGUUAUUUAUCAGGCUAGAUUGUUUUAGUGUGAGUUGCUGAGUAUUGGAGAUGUCUGCCUUCUCUCAAAUAUAAUAUAACUAGAUGGCACUCAGCUUGUGGUGCUCAAAGCGCCGAAAAAGUACACUUGAAAAACUCAACAGCAGUGUUUCUUUCCAGAAAUCAUGAUCCAGUUACUCAAGAUAAUCCACAGACCUGUUUGUGAGCGGUUUCAUGUGGGAACUAUUUUGUUUCUACUGAAUAACAUCCGCCGACCAUAUCACCGCAGGAGGAAGUAUCUACUGCUAGCUCAUCUAGUACCACUGAGCUAGCUAACAUUACAUCUUACAUUUUGUCACGAGCAUGAGACUCUUGUCCGUGAGGAGAUGCACACGUCCUUCUGCGCAGUGAUACGGUUUGCAGGUGUAGUUUGGUAGAAAGAAAAUAGUUCCUGUAUGAAACUGUUCACAACAAGGUCUGUGGAUUAUCUUCAGUAACUGGGUCAUGACUCCUAGAAAGAAACAUUCAUGGUGAAUUUUUCCGACAGAUUUUUCUUUGGCGCUUUGAGCACCAUGAGCCGAGUGCCAUCUAGCUCCAUCAUAUUAGAGAGAAGGCAGACAUCUCUAUGGCUGUAACUCACACCACAGCAAUCAAUUUGAUAAAUAGCACUACAGGUAACAGUAAAAAUGUUAUUUUGAUUUUGGGGUGAACUGUCCCUUUAAAACCGUUUUAAAAAAAUGUUCUGUUUUUGUAUAUUCGUCUGAUAUAUUUACAUGUUUGUUAUAUGUGUGCAGCAGUGAUCGGGUUGCUCAGGUCUGGAGGAGCUCUUUUUAAUUGUGACUGCUGUGUUUUAUUCUCAAUAAAACAAAAAUAACUUAAAUGCAGCGUGUUCUUGUAUCUGUAAUACGAUCAAGCCUCAUCUCGGAUGUUUCAAUGUCUGUUUUUCUGACUUUGUCCUGUUUGACCUUUCUGCAGCUUUUUAUUCUCAACGCUAGAGAGCAGCAGUGAUCUAACUGGAGGCAGUGGGACCUUAUAUAAGCAGAGCUGCUACUGUAUAAUGAAGUAUGCCAAUGAUAACUCAGCCCUUUUUACAAGUGGAUUCGGCUUGUGCACACUCCAUUUCCAUAAAAAAAGCGCCAGACUUCGUAGUUUGGGAUUCUUUUCUUCUGAUUCUUCUGAAUUUACCUUUUGGGUUGU